CUUAAACCAAUUGAAUCCGCCAAAACCCUCUGUGCUUGGCACUGCCCAAUUUUCACUUUCUGAUGGAGAGGAUUCACGUCACCGUGCGCGCAAGGCCUCUAUCUCCGGAGGACGCCAAAACAAGCCUCUGGAGGAUCUCCGGCAACUCCAUCUACCUUCCCAACCACUCCUCCAAGUUCGAAUUCGAUCAAAUAUUCAGUGACAAUUGUGAGACCUCCCAAGUCUAUCAUGCUCGCACCAAACACAUUGUCGAGGCCGCAGUUCGUGGAUUCAACGGUACUGUUUUCGCUUACGGACAAACAAAUAGUGGCAAGACUCAUACCAUGCGAGGCUCCAAAGCUGAUCCUGGAGUUAUUCCUCGCGCUGUGCGUGAUUUGUUUCAAAUUAUUCAACAGGACGUGGAUCGGGAGUUUCUUCUUAGAAUGUCAUACAUGGAGAUUUAUAAUGAAGAGAUAAAUGACUUAUUGGCUCCUGAACAUCGAAAACUGCAGAUUCAUGAAAAUCUAGAGCGAGGAAUCUAUGUUGCGGGGCUGCGAGAAGAAAUUGUUGCCUCUCAUGAGCAAGUCCUUGAUCUCAUGGAGUUUGGAGAAUCUCAUAGACAUAUUGGAGAGACAAAUAUGAAUUUGUACAGUAGUAGGUCUCAUACUAUUUUCCGCAUGAUUAUUGAGAGUAGGGAUAGAAGUGAAGAUGAUAGCAAUGGCAGCACAUGUGAUGCUGUUCGUGUAUCAGUGUUGAAUUUAGUGGAUCUUGCUGGUUCAGAGCGUGCUGCAAAAACUGGAGCUGAAGGUGUCCGACUGAAAGAGGGUUCGCACAUAAACAAAAGCUUAAUGACUUUGGGAACUGUGAUUAAAAAAUUGAGUGAAGGUGCGGAGAGUCAAGGCGGUCAUGUUCCUUAUCGAGAUAGCAAGCUUACACGAAUUUUGCAACCUGCAUUAGGGGGAAAUGCUAACACAGCUAUAAUAUGCAAUAUCACACUUGCACAGAUACAUACAGAUGAAACUAAAAGUAGCCUCCAAUUUGCAAGCAGAGCUUUACGUGUCACAAACUGUGCUACAGUCAAUGAGAUUUUGACAGAUGCUGCAUUACUAAAGCGCCAAAAGAGAGAGAUUGAAGAACUUCGUGCCAAAUUAAUGGGUUCGCAUUCAGAGCAUUUGGAAGAGGAGAUUCUAAACCUUCGAAAUACAUUAUUACAGACCGAACUGGAAAGGGAGCGCAUAGCUUUGGAGUUAGAGGAGGAAAAGAAAACUCAAGCUGAAUGGGAAAAGAGAGUAAAGGAGCAAGCCAAGAAAAUUGAAAAUUUGAGUUCAAUGGUUUUGUUAUCAAAUAGGGAUGAGAGUCGUGAACAUAUUAAAAAGGAGAAGAGGCGAGGUACAUGGUGUCCAGGAAAUCUUUUGGGGGAGCAUCUAAGAGAUGUACACUCUAGCAUCCAAUCAAAUGCUUCUACUGUGAAACUCAUGAGACCUAAGCGAGACAUGGGACCGCUUCUUCCUUUCCAGGAACUUGUAAAUGAUGUUUAUGUGGAUAAUUCCUUUAAGCAAGAAGAUAAUAAUACAGGUGAUACAAAUGAGAACUGCAGUCUACCAAACCCUUGUGCUUUAUUACAUGUAACGAAUAGGAAAAGGGCUCCAUCGCAGAAGAGAAGCUUAUCUAUGGAAGACAACAAAUAUCUUGAAUUGCAGGAAGAAUAUGAGAAUUUACUUAUAAAAUUCGAAACUCAGAUAACCAUGAAUGAGAUACAGACUGAAUCAUUGAGAAAACAGCUAAUUGAGGCAAAUUAUCUUCAUUCUACAGAAUCUAUCGACGGUUUAAAUUGGGCCAGUAAUGUUAACUUGAAUGGGGAUAAAAAUGUGAGUUUUAGAGAGUCUGAGGCUAUUCUUGUCAUCAAGAGACUGCAAGAACAGGCUCCCAGCUGUGUCUUGCUUAAAUUUCUUUCGUUGUAUUUGAAGAUUAAGGUUUUGGAAAACGAAAAGCUAUCGAGCCAAGAAAACCUGGAUAACGUUGUUGAUCUGGCAACUGAGCAGAACAUAUGUGCCAGGGAGAGAUUUGACGAGCUCUACAAAGAGCUUAUAAAUGCACAGGAGGCAGCUCGACUGGCUAUUGAACAGCUUACUUCCAGUAAUAUUAUGAGCAACAUUAAUGAUGAACAUUUUGACUUUGUAAGCAAUGUUUUCAUGGGAGUUCAAGAAAUAAUGUCCGAAGUACAAAACUCAAAGGAAGCAGUUCAAAGUGUUAUGUUGAUUGUUGAUGAUGCUACUAGAAGUUUAUCUGCACUCCGUGAUAUGUUCCUUGAUUUCAAAACCUCAGUAGCUCAGGAUUCUGCAGAACAAAAUUUAAUUUGGAGUAAUUAUCAGAAGUUAAUUUCUUGCUUGAGAGAAAAAGUAUCUACGAUUGAGAAUGAGAAGAUUCUUCUGGACAGUCGAUUAGCUGAUCUGCAAAAAGAUCUUCGGGAAACUGAACUAGAUUCUAAGAAUUCCCAAAAUUCUUUGCAGGAACGUUUAGGACAGCAGGAAUUGGAAAAUGAAGAGCUGAUUUCUUAUCUUCAAACUCUUGAAAAAGAUAUAUCAGGUUUAACUUCAUCUUCAGUGGCCAAGGAAAGGGAAACUCUAAGAAGAGAUCUUGAGAAGGUAAAAAGCAAAUUGAAGGAAGCUGAGGCUAAGCUUAAGAUUGCUGUCCAAGAGAAAACAAAACUUGAGGGUGAGAAAGCCCAUGCUGAACGAGAGAUCAAACGGUUGCAUGGUCAGAACUCUCUUCUUGAACGUGACAUCAGUAAACGUGAUUCACUUGCUGGCAGAAGACGUGAUUCAAUUGUUGAAAGGAGUGGAAAGAUGUUUGAUCCCAAAAGACAAAAGGGUGUUUCAUUUUCUAUGGAACAAACAUUACAGGAAGAGCACAAAAAACUGGAAGUUUUUGCAUUUGAAUCAGAAACUAGAAUCACUUCGCUGGAAGAACAAGUUAAAGCUGCAUUGAAAGAGAAAGAAGAGAUAAUAUCUAUUAAUGAAGGUUUGAAUUUAGAACUGGAAGGCUUGACUGAAAAGCUGAAUACAUCAACCUCGGAGCUAUGUUAUUUGAAGGAGGAAAUAUCAGCUCUUAAACAAAGUUUGGAAGAAUCUGUUCUGAACCAAGAAAAGUUGGAAAGCUCUAUCAAAGUAUUGAUGGAAGAAAAGGAGGAGUUGGCUUUGCAACUCACAAAUUCCCUUUUAGAAACAGAGGAGGAAAGAGCAAUUUGGUCUGCCAAGGAGAAAGAUGUGCUUCUAGCCAUAGAAGAACAGGCAACGUCAAACAACGUGCAAAUCACAUCAUUAUCAACAGAAUUAUCAGAAGUAAGGAAUGAAUUGGAAUCCUGCAGAGAAGAAUGCAGGAACCUUCAGGGAAGAUUGACUAUUUCAUAUAUCAAGGAACAAUUCAGUGAAAAGAGUCUAGAAUUGGAUCGGCCGCCAAAUAAUCUUGAAAUGGCAGAUGCUGAGAGCAAACAUUCCCAAAAAGAGCUGCAUGACUGUCCUGAGAAAGAGAAAGCAAAUGAAAUUCAGAGGGAAGAUCAUCUAAAUAAAGGAGAUAAUCUAUCAAGUCUAAGGGAAUUGAGUACUACGUCAGAAUCUUUAUAUGAGUUUGAGAACCUCAAGAACAAACUUUCCAUUGUCACAAAAGAAAGGGACAGCUUGAUGAAUCAGAUGGAAGAUCAACAAAAGCAUGUUAUGGAAGUGGAAUUUCAGCCAAAGGUCCAGGAUGAGUUAUCAAGGGCAAAGGUCCAUGUUGAGGAACUAAGUCGGGAAAUUUCUUGCAUGGAAGUUAAAAUGCACGUGGAUAAAGUAACAAACAACAAAGAGACAAGUAAGCUCAGAAUGAGACUUCGUGGAACACAAGCGAAGCUAGAUGCUUUCCGUUGCAGAUAUAAGGAAGCAAUCGAUGAAUCAGUUUUACUGAAUAAGAAGUAUGGAGAAGCUGCAGAGAACCUGAAAGACCAGUUGGCUUCAAAAGCAAUAGAGGUUCUCAACCUGAAGAAACAGCUAGCUGUCACCAAAGGCCAAUAAAAAAUUUGUAUAUGGAACUUGUACAUCCCUAAGAAUAGGGGUUGCAAAUGGAUGGAUUGGAUGAAUAAACAACAAUCCAUUAAUCUAUUAAGAUCCACUAAAGUUGUUUAAAAUGCAUCCAAUCCAUCCAUGACCAAUCUAACCACAUAUAUCUGUUCAAUGAGCAAUAUUCAGAUUGAACCUUCCUGUAACUGAAAAUAGCUUAUGGAAAUUGAAUUAAGCAAUCAAAUUUUAGAACU